UUAUUUCCUUUCUCUCUAUCAAUUUCGUUUCUCGCUCUCCCUCUCUCUCUCCGGGGCUCAAUUUCCCUCUCCCUCUCGGAUUCGGUUUCCUCUAAAAACUUAUUUACUCCUAUUUUUUUUUUUUUUUUUCAAUUGUGUUCUCUGCAAUCCAUUUGUAUUGGGUGCUCCUACUCCUUGUCUUGGUUCCGAACCGAAAAUCUUGAGAUUUUAUUUGUUGGAAAUCUGAUUAAGUUUUCUUUCGGCAGUUCUAAGCUAAGUAGAUCUCUUUUAUCUUGUCCCCACUUCUCCACUCAUCGAUUCUGUUCGUUUGUACGGUAGGUUUUUGGUGCUCUUCAUCUUCCUUUCAAGAAUCGGAGACAGCUAUUGGUUGGUUUUUAUUUGGUUCUCGCCGAAAUUGAAGAGGUUGGUUUUUCCUCCCUGUUCGAACAACAUAUUCGUUUCUUCGCCUGUAUUAGUUAUCAUAACCCUAGUUUUGAUCUGGUUACAGAAGGAAAAAAAAAAAGAAGGGAAAAAAUCAGAAAAAAGAAGAUACACGUGAGCUCCAUUUAUUUUGUUGAUUUAUACUUGAAUUUUGGCUUUUCGUUUUCUUCCAUUUUUUCAUUGAUUGUAGCUGUUGUUAAGUUCUAAAACAAGAAACUCGGUGAAAUUUUUGGUGCUGUGUUUUUGUUGUCAUCCGAAAUCGAGGGUUUUCUUGUCGGAUCUUCUAGGGUUUAGGUUCCGUAUUUCUGCUUCCUAGGGUUUGGUUACCUUCUAUCCACUUUCUCCUCUUUACCUCUUAAAAAAAAAUUAUAUAUAUACCAACCUCUACGUCUUGGAAGGAACUACCGAGUUUAACUUUUGUGUAUGUAGGGAUGACCUUGAAUUUUUCUCACCGCCCCAUCUUUCCUGCUACUGGUCCUUCCGAAAACAAUUUGUUUUCCUCAAUUAGAAUUGCCAACGGGUACGUUGUGGAGGGAAUCCCAGAGAAAAGAGGGGAUGGCUUCGGUAAGCCCCGGCAUUUCAACUGGGAAUUUGAGAAUUCCUACGAUUACGUAAGGGAUAGAGGUGAAAGGGGUGGCUCACGUGAGCCAAUUUCCAAUGACAUUCUGGACCUUCUGCCACCCGAUCCCUUUGGGAUGGAUAUAAGUGCUACUUUUACUGCCAUCACUGGUUGGAUCGAGGAUUUUGAAGCGGAUUCUGACAACCUUGAAGGAGGCGAAGCUGGGGGAAAGAAAGAAGACUAUCAGUUGGUUGCCGGAUUGAAUUUUAUCUGGAACCGGACAAUGAAGUUUCAAGCGGAGCCAGAGAACACAAGGACUGAUGACAGAUCAAAUCCAUUUGGUAAGUUUGAUGUAAUGUUGGAUGAUAAAGAAUUAGGAGAUGGUUCGUGCGAUGGUGGAUUCACAUCGGUGUGUAACAUGGAGGAGUUCCUUAGUUUUGGCGAUGAUGAUCUUUGUGUUGCUAGUCAUCAAGCCAAAGACUCGGUGGAGAGCAGUAAAACUUGUUAUGAUGGAGCUGAUGGAGCUCCUCAUGAGGCUUUGCUCUAUGUGCUGGGUUAUUUGGGUGUGCAGGAUCUCCUUUCUGUUGGAAGGGUUUGCAGAUUACUUCGUUAUGCAGUUGAAGAUGAUUCCCUUCUCUGGAGAAAUAUUCACAUUGAUCAGCCACUUAGUGAACGUAUGACUGAUGAUGCUCUUUUACAGCUAACUAAUAGGGCUCAAGGCAAUUUGCAAUGUUUGAGCUUGAUUGAGUGUCCAAGGAUCACAGAUGAUGGUCUAAGACGUGUGCUUGAAGGCAAUCCAAGGCUAACAAAGCUGAGUGUGCCAGGUUGUACAAGACUUAGUGUGGAGGGCAUUGUAAAUAACUUGAAAAUUUUGAAGUCUUCAGGUGCACCAGGGAUAAGGUACCUAAGAAUUGGUGGCCUUUAUGGUGCAACACAUAAGCACUUUGAAGAGCUAAAGCUCUUGUUGGGGGCAGAAAACCAUCUACAAUCUAAAACUCACAAGCCACGAUUCUAUCACAAUGGAUACUUGUCUCUUUCUUCUGAUGAUGACCGUGCCAUUGAUAUUGAGAAGUGUCCAAGAUGUCAGAACUUGAGACUAGUCUAUGAUUGUCCAGCAGAGGGCUGCCAAAACAAACAGCCUACUUCUCAGUUAUGCAGGGCGUGCACACUCUGCAUUGCCCGGUGUGUCCAAUGUGGGCGGUGCAUAAAUGAUAGUGAGUACGAGGAGACCUUCUGUCUAGACUUGCUAUGUUCGAACUGUUGGAAACAACUGCUGAAGUGCCAAGAGAGGCAGGAGGAGAAGGAUGCUUUCUCGUCAAAGCACACCAUCUUCCACCAUGAGACACAGUACAAAUUUCGCUUUUGUGGCUAGAGUGGCAUUAUAUAUUCAUUUUGGCUUUAGAUGAUGGAUGAGAAGAUCUCUGAUUUGUAGUCCGGAUAUUAAACCAAGUAGAUGGAAGCCAGUCAUGUGAGUUGAUUCUUGUGUUUCUGAUAAAGGAGUUUUGAAGUCAGCAGGUCCGUGUUGGUUUCUCAUCUGGGUCGAUACUGGUUUGGUCGGGAUACCUUGGGUUCUAUAGCACCCAAGUUUACUGUACUUUUUACGAAAGAAAAAAAAAAAAAAGAACAGAAGACUAUAAAAAGAGAAAAUAGAAUAUUAAGAUUUCGGGAAAAAAAAAAAGAUAUUUGAAGAGGAAGAACGGGAGAAUGGGAAAAAGAGCAUAUCGGGCACAGAAGUGGCUCAGCAUGAGUUUUUCCUUCGACUGAUUUGAGUUUUGUCAUAGAAACAUGUUCUAAUAAGAGCCAGUGGAACGGGGUGAUUUAUGUGGUUUUGUUUACAGAGAGGGGAGGUGACUUGUGCAUUGCUGUCGAAAUGGGAAGUCAGCUAUGCCAUUGACGAGGAAACGGAGAAAGUGCAGCACAAGUAUUCUACCGUCUUUUGUUUUAUGUAAAGUUUUUGCCAGUAUUCUACUAUGAUACUGGUGUGCUUCCAUUAAUUUCUGCAGACUGCAGGCAUUGUGUUGUUGAUGAUGCUGAAAAUACCUUUUAUUUCAAGGGGAAGUAUUUCACUCUUACUCGGGGGAUGUGGCAUCGUUUGUCACUUUUGCAGCAGCAGUUGGCAUGGUGCAGGAUGGCAGGAUGCUAUUGAGCAGCACCUACAUUUCUGGAGACUGGAACAAAAUAUUAUUCUGGGAGGAUUUCUUAUGUUGUUGUAAUAUUGUGGGUCUUCUUCUCUUCAGUCUUUUUAAUAUAUGUGUAUAAGUUGAUGUUGUGUUUGUCUGGGGACUUGGGUUGGUAAACUAGUGAUGUCUAGUUUUUGUUCAAGUUAAUCCCGGCAAAAUGGUGGUAUGACAUCUAGCCAAUCUAGUGAUGUCAUCUGCGACUGACUGAGAUCGCUUGGAUGCCAUUCCCUAUGAAUAGGGGCGUAGGACUAGAAGUCUUGUUAUGUGUUAUUCUGGUACUUGGCAUGGAGGUAAUAAUGAUGCAUUGAUGAUUGGCAGUGCAAAUAGUGAAAUAGCGUUUUCUGUUCCCGUUGCCACUGGAAAAUAUGAUCGAUGACCUCAUUGUAUGUGUGUGUUUUGUUGGAAGCCUAUGGACCUUAUUGUGUUGGAAUACGAAGAUUUAUUCAAAUUCGAUCAUCAAUAAGAUGAUCAUUGUCCA